CCUAUCCAAUUCCAGGCCUUGUAUUUUCGAUGGUAUAUGUAAGCGCUUCCUAUCUGUCUCCUGACUACUGAGUCCUGAUUCUCCUCUGGCCCAAACCCACCUCCCCAGAAGCCAUGGUUAGUAACGCAAGUGUAACUGGUAGACAUCUCUUUCCCUUAACGCAAGCUUUUCACGCGACAAAAUGUCUGUUCCGCCAAUCAAUUCUGUGUCCUCCACCAGCAAUUGGCUCCCGGGACAAAUAUAAUCUAUUAAUCCACGCUCGUUCAUUUUCAAGCAAAAGGACUCUGCGUAAGGCCUUGAAGGCAACCACGGGAAACGACGCCAUAUCAUCCGCCAAUGAUUACGAGGACGGCGUGUCGUUAGGAACCAUGAAGCUCCCAUUAGAUACUGACCUUGCAAAAUUCGAAACCUUGCUUUUUCAGUGGGGGAACAGUCUCUGCCAAGGUGCCAAUUUACCACUACCAGUACCUCUUAAGGUUGACAAAAUUGCAGGUGGAGCUAGACUUGGCUUUAUUACCAUUGGAGACGGGAAAACCGAAGUACUAGUCUACAUAGAUUGCUUAGUUUUUCCAGCCACUGACAGUUCAGGUCCAAUUUUUCGGGCCAUAAGGAAUGGACCCUUGAAAGCUCAGUCACCUCCUGGAGAGCCAAGAAUCAUGAGAAGCCUUCUAGCAGCUCUUCAAAAAUCAGUGGAAAUUGCCAGAGUAUAAACUUUAACUAAUGCUGUUUAGAUAGAUUACAAAUUUACAAUUACCUCUGAAUGGAUAUUACUAUAUGCCAGACUAAAUAGCUAUGCAUUACCGCAUUGGUAGAAGGAAUGUACCUUGUUACAUUGCGCCAUCUUCAUACUUGCUUUCCAGAUUUAUGUUUUCAUGUUAAAGACUCUAGUCAAUGCAAUUCUACGUUAACCUUCAUGUGUA